AAAGAAAGAGCUAUUCAGUACAAUGGCUACGCUGAUGAGAACCGCAUGCGAUAUUUCUAUUUCUUGAAAUCAAAAAUAAUGACGCUCAAGGAAGCAGCCAAAGCCGCGAACGCCAAUUAUGAUACCUCACGCAUAUGGAAACAAGCCUAUAAGAAUGAUUCAGAAAAGAAUAUACCCUUGAGGAAACCAAUCGCACCUCAAACAGACCAAUCAGUCGACUAA